CUGAUAACACAGAAAUUAAGGUUGUUACAAUUAUCAGACACAGUACUAGGAUAAGAUAUGCAGACAUAUCAUAUCUAUGUUCAGCAAAAUAAAAGUAAGACAAUCAAUCAAGUGCAAAGGAAAAAAUUGUUGGAUAAAUCAUCCACACGUGUGUACAGUGUACAUUAUGUUCAUGAAUGCUAAUCACAAAAAAGAGAAGUGAUUGAUUGCCAUGGGACAAUUCUGCAACUUUCUUAAAUACUCCAAUUAUAUAACCUUGACAUUUUUCUUCAUUAUCUCAUGAAGAAAAAUUCUAGCAUGCUACAUGCUUUAACUUAAUUAACAUCAUACGUAUAUAUGCAAAAAUUAAAAAAUGUAACUGGUUAAUUCGGUGUAUUGAACGAUGUCAUUUAAGUAUUCGAACGUUUUACGCUUAUCGUAUAUAAUUUCCCUCAAAUAUAAGAUUAUAAGAAAAAAAAUAUAUCAAAAUUAUGAUAUAAUAUGCUAUUUUUAAAAGUUACAAUAUUUGUUAUAGUUAGAUAAAACUUUGUGAUUUUCCAACAGUUUAUCUAUAAUUCAUUAUAUUUAUUAUGAAAGUAAUGGAUGUCAUUUCAGCAGAGAAUCAGUCAAACCCACACGUUUUGACCAAAAAAAAGAAGUGAAAAUUCCACGGUCAAACAUAUGGCAACCUUCUCCGAAGCAACUUCACUUCUUCAUUUCUAUAUUUAUAUUAUGCAUAUAUAAUUAUAUAUAUAUCUUCACAACACAAUCCAACACUUUCUAAUUCUUCACAUUUCCAUUUUUUUUUCAUUCAAAUCUCCCAAAACAAAGAAACAAAAAAUGGCUUUUUCAAGCGGAAGCUUAAACACUUCUGCAAACAAUUCCAAUCACCACAUCUUCUCUCCAUCACAAUUCAUGUCUACUUCCUUCACCGAUCUUCUCUCUCCCAACAAACAACAAGAGGAGGAAGAAGAAGACGUCAUGAGCCGACCAAAAUCUCGUUUUAGUUGGGGCAUGAAUUCAGACAUACUUAACAAAAACAUCGAAAUCCCAAAAUACAAGUCUUUCCCACCUUCCUCUCUCCCUCUCUCUCCUCCACCUGUCUCUCCUUCCUCGUACCUCUCCAUUCCUCCUAGCUUGAGCCCUUCCAUCCUCCUAGAUUCUCCUGUCCUUUUCUCGUCGUCCAACGUUCUUCCGUCUCCGACCACCGGGAGCUUUGCCGCCAAGGAGGAGGAGAGGAAUUAUUCGGAUUUCUCUUUUCAAUCUCAAACAAGGAAUUCAAAUCCAUCUACCAUGUUUACAUCCAAUCCUAUGCAGGAUUCAUACAGAAGGGAACAAGAACAAAACCUCAACACAUUCCUCAACAAACAAGCUGAGUUUCCAACAACACAACCUUUGUCCAAAUCCGAACAACAUAUUUUCUCACAAGACUUCCCCAUCCAUGGCGAUCAACCCUCGCAACAACCAGCCCAACUUCCAUUUCAACAACAGCCACAGUAUGCUAGAGAGCAGACGAAAUCCGACGACGGCUACAACUGGAGGAAAUACGGCCAGAAACAAGUGAAGGGGAGCGAGAAUCCUCGUAGUUACUACAAGUGCACGUUCUCCAACUGUCCGACCAAGAAGAAGGUCGAACGCAAUCUCGAAGGACACAUAACCGAGAUCGUGUACAAGGGCAGCCACAACCAUCCCAAGCCACAGUCGACACGAAGAUCAUCCUCCAAUGCCCUGCACAAUCCCGCCUACACGGGAAUGCCGGGCCAGCCCUUGGUCGAGAACGACCAGGUGGAUCCCGUCACGACUCCUGAAAACUCGUCCACUUCCUUUGGAGAGGAGGAGUUCGAGCAGGGCUCAUCGAUGCACGACGAUGACAACGAGCCUGAAGCUAAGAGAUGGAAAGGGGAGAAUGAUAGUGAGGGCGUUUCGGCUGCUGGGAGCCGGACGGUUCGUGAGCCAAGGAUUGUGGUGCAGACGACGAGCGACAUCGAUAUUCUUGACGACGGCUACAGGUGGAGGAAGUACGGCCAGAAAGUGGUGAAGGGCAACCCCAAUCCUAGGAGCUACUACAAGUGCACGUACAACGGAUGCCCCGUGAGGAAGCACGUGGAGAGGGCGUCCCACGACCUGAGGGCGGUGAUCACCACGUACGAGGGGAAGCACAACCACGACGUUCCAGCAGCACGGGGCAGUGGGAGCUACAACAUGACCAGGCCUCAGGCAGUAUCAGGCAACAGUAGCGCGCCCACGGCUAUAAGGCCGGCUGCCAUGGCUGGACAUACCAACGGGGUGCUUUACCCCAACCCUGCCAGGCUGCAGGCGAGCAACAACCAAACUCCAUACACACUGCAAAUGCUGCACAACAACGAUAAUAGCUAUGGCUUCUCGGGUUUUGGGAACUCUGCAGGGCCUUACACUAAUCAGAUGCAGCAGCAUACGGACAAUUCCAUGUCCAUAGCCAAGCAAGAACCUAAAGAAGACUCGUUUUUCGAUUCAUUCCUCAGCUGAAGGGCGACGGCGCAGUUAGUUCUCAGCUAUGGUUAGUGAUGUACAACAACAUUACUCACACUUUGUGCUGUGUAUGUAAUAUCUUGUAAUAGGAUUUAGAUGAAAUUUCUUUAUUUUUUUAAGCCAUUGAAACUUGGAACAGUGGCCUCAUAUAAUGUUUAGUGCAAGAAAAGAAAACUAGAAUAAGGAACAUACAUUAUAGUGAUCAAUUUUCUUCAUUUAUUUCUAUUUUCAUGUCAUUUUUUCAAUAAUAUAUCCACUUCUUGUUUCAA